CCCAAUGAUGGCGACUGAACGAUUUUACAGCACAAGAGGCUAGACCCGUGUUAUCACAAAAACAAUAUUGUCAAAGUAACAACUAAAGGCGAAAUAAGAGUGUAUUAUAGUGACAAUAUAGUAAAGAUAAAGGAGGAGAGGAGCAUCAUCUUGCAGUUAUGUUUCGGGGUUGUCCCGCCAACGUUCUCCGACCAUAAUGUGAGACGGAGAAAAAGGGGAUCUUGGACCGAGCAGCACAGUCAUAAUCUGGAUGACAAACAUUGCUCAGUGGUGAUUCUGUCACAUCAUCCACGCUGGCUUUAUUUUAAAAAGCUAGCUGUAUGAUAUCCAUUCCCCACAAAGAAAGUCAUCUGACAGCUAGUAUUUCAUCGUCGAAACCCUGGGAGGGGAACCGCUGAGGAAGGAUGAAAUUCACGGAGCACCUUUCGGCGCACAUCACUCCUGAAUGGAGAAAACAAUACAUCCAGUAUGAGGCUUUCAAGGAUAUGCUGUAUUCUGCCCAGGACCAGGCACCCUCUAUCGAAGUCACCGACGAGGACACGGUCAAGAGGUACUACGCCAAGUUUGAGGAGAAGUUCUUUCAGACGUGUGAGAAGGAGCUGGCCAAAAUCAACACAUUCUACUCUGAAAAGCUAGCCGAGGCCCAGCGCCGUUUCGCCACGCUGCAGAAUGAGCUGCAGUCUUCACUGGAUGCCCAGCGGGAGAGCAGCAUGCAGGGCCUCCGUCGCCGCCGCAAGGCCGUCUUCCACCUGUCCCAGCAGGAGCGCUGCAAACACCGCAACAUCAAAGACCUGCAACUGGCCUUUUCAGAGUUCUACCUCAGUCUCAUCCUGUUGCAGAACUACCAGAAUCUGAACUUCACAGGUUUCCGUAAGAUCUUGAAGAAGCAUGAUAAGAUCCUGGAGACGUCGCGGGGAGCCGACUGGCGUGUGGCCCACGUGGAGGUGGCCCCCUUCUACACCUGCAAGAAGAUUACCCAGCUCAUCUCUGAGACUGAGGCCUUGGUAACACAAGAGUUGGAGGGAGGAGACAGACAAAGAGCCAUGAAGAGACUACGAGUGCCCCCACUGGGUGCUGCACAGCCUGCUCCGGCGUGGACCACCUUUAGGGUCGGCUUGUACUGUGGCGUCUUCCUCGUCCUCAUGGUCACCGUCGUCAUCACUGCUGCGGUUGUGAUAGAGAAUGUCAACGUGUGGCCACUGGUGAGGAUCUACCGCGGCGGCUUCCUGCUGAUCGAGUUCCUCUUCCUGCUGGGCAUCAACACGUAUGGCUGGCGCCAGGCGGGGGUCAACCAUGUGCUCAUCUUCGAGCUCAACCCCCGCAACAACCUCUCCCACCAGCACCUCUUUGAGAUUGCUGGUUUCCUGGGGGUGCUGUGGUGUGUGAGCAUCCUGUCCUGUCUGUUCUCCAAGUCCAUCCUGGUGCCCAUGCAGGCCAACCCGCUGGUCCUCUACGGCUUCUUCUUCCUCUUCCUCAUCAACCCCUUCAAGACCCUCUACUACAAGUCACGCUUCUGGCUCCUCAAACUGCUGUUCCGUGUGGUGACAGCCCCGUUCCACAGGGUAGAGUUUGCAGACUUCUGGCUGGCCGACCAGCUCAACUCUCUAGGGGUGGUUCUGAUGGACCUGGAGUACCUCAUCUGUUUCUACAGCUUUGAGCUCGACUGGAAGCAACAAGACGGGCUACUGCGCGACAGUGGAGGCGUGUGUCACUCCUACUCGUAUGGCGUGCGGGCAGUGAUCCAGUGUCUGCCGGCCUGGUUCCGCUUUGUGCAGUGCCUGCGGCGUUACCGCGACUCCAAACGGGCCUUCCCACACUUGGUCAACGCAGGGAAAUACUCCACCACCUUCUUCGUGGUCACCUUCGCUGCCCUCUACAGCACCCACAAAGCUGAGCGUCAUGAUGACACCCAGAUCUUCUUCUACCUGCUGAUCGGCUGUUCAUUAGUCAGUUCCUGUUACACCCUGGUGUGGGACCUGAAGAUGGACUGGGGCCUGUUUGACCGCAAUGCAGGAGAUAACACCAUACUCAGAGAGGAGAUCGUCUACCCACAGAAAGCCUACUACUACUGUGCCAUACUGGAGGAUGUGCUGCUGCGUUUUGCCUGGACAAUACCCCUCUCCCUGAGCACCGCCAGUGCACCGUCAGCUGCAGACAUUGUGGCUACCAUCCUAGCCCCUCUGGAGGUCUUCAGGCGUUUUGUGUGGAACUUCUUCCGCCUGGAGAACGAGCACCUGAAUAACUGUGGCGAGUUCCGUGCCGUGAGGGACAUCUCAGUGGCUCCGCUGAACGCUGACGACCAGACGCUGCUGGAGCAGAUGAUGGACCAGGAGGACGGAGUCCGGAACCGCUUGGGCAAGAAGAACUGGAAACGCUCCUACAGCAUUUCCCUGAGACGGCCACGCCUCGCUUCCCAGACCAAGACCCGGGACACCAAAGUUCUCAUGGAGGACACAGACGAUGACACCUGACAUCAGGCCAGACCCAUUGCAUCCAUAGCAUGGGUUCAGAACCUCUUUAAAGGACCACGUCCCUCCUAGGGGCAUACACCCCCUCCUCCCCCAUCAAUCAGUCGAUCAAUCAUUUGAUGACCCGCCCCCUCAUCAGUCCAUCACAGAGCUGCCUAUCUGCGUCAACACACAGAGUACAAAGACUUGAAUAUAGGCGUAUACAGAGGAUAACAAUUGGAGACAAAUACAAAUACCACACACACCUUGGAACAACUACUUUUAAGCCACUUUGUUUUGUUACGUUCAUGGACCAUUUAGUGCUGAGUUGACGUCACCUGUUUUUUAUAUUUCAUGGGGCAUAGACAAAACACCAAGACUGUGUAAAUGUUGAUGUAAAUAUCAGGAAGAACAAACGGGGAAUGGACUGUUGAUUUCAAGAUGGCUAAUCAGAAAUGAUGUAAUCUAAAAAAAAAAAGACUGAGAGCGUUGGACUCUGAACAGUGAUCAGACACUCCUCUGCAAUCAGUCUGGUCCAAGACUUUCUUAUGACCUUUUUUGAUGAACAUGAUGAUGACGAUUACUGUAUUGAUGUGGCUGUCUUUUCCAUGUGUGAUAAGUUCUUCCACGAAUACCUUGGUUUUUAUUUUAUUUUGUUUAAUUAAAUUGCUAUUUAUGUGAGGGGAAAGAUGCCUAAAACAUUUGGUAGUGAAAUGGGGGAGGUUCUGAUUUGAAAUGGCUGCUAAAGUGUCUGCCUAAUGUUGCCCAAAAAUAACUGUUCCAAGAACUUGUUC